UGUGUCAAUUCGCAACACUGGGCAGACAAAAAAGAAAGAGAAAGUGCGAGGGAAAAUUGAAUGGUUUAGAAUGUCACGCUGCACAAGUUGGCCAUUGUCCAGUGAGUUUAGGCGUCUCUAUAGUUGUCUUAUCGUUGAACGCAAUGUACGAGCCGGUUGUUCCCGAGCACGCAAGCAUUCCGCUCAACGUGCCUCUUUCCGUCAGUAUGGUGAACUUCGAAAGCCCGACCAGGUUCUGGUUGCGGCUUGCCUGCAGCAAGGCUCCUUUCGUAAAGCACUUCGUGCGGGGCUGCGAGAGACACCUGUACAGCGCUGAGAUAGGGCAGUACUGCGUUGCCGACACAAGGCAUACGGUCGUCGAUCUUGCCCGCGCCUUCGUUACCGACGUGUUCCGAAAUACGGCGGGAGUGCACGUCUCGGCCGAAGUGCAGUGCGUCGACCACGGCCUGACGCUCGUCCUGGGUCUCGACAGGCUCUUCCCGCUCUCUGUCGAAGACGCAAGGACACCGUGUGUCGCCAUCCUGUGCCGCCUUCACCGUGUAGCGACGUGCACUCGACAACCGCCACAAUGGCGCCUGCCAGCAAACACCGAGUUGGAGGCCGUCUUCGUCGGGGUCUCGGACGCAGGUGUGUACCAGACGAGGCUGUUUGCUCUACGCGAAGAUAGCGACGGCACGCUGGCGAAAGUUGACGUGGCCGCCGACUUCAUUUGUGCGGCCGAGGCAACGGAGAUAGAAUACCUUCGACCGAAAUCGAAUUUUGAUACACUAGUGGCCCAGGCGUAGUAUUUAUAUAAUUUGCAGUCUGUGGCCCUUAGAUGUAUGUACGUAUAUUUCCACGAAAGGGCGCACGAGGGACGGAUCUAGGUUAUCCUCCAGGUAGUCUUCAAAGCAUGCAGAGGCGUUGGGAGGGGCUGGGCCAGAACCACCUAGUUCUGCUAGGGCAGAGUGGGGUGACGUCAGAGGAUAGGUGCGGGCGAGUGCGGAGGCCUUUAGUCUAGGUGGUUCUGUCCGGGCACACUGCAUGCUUAAUAAUGUCAUCCGGCACGAUCCGCCAGUGAGUCGGAAAAUGUCAAAUACCGUGCUUGACUUUUUCCUCAAUUUUCGAAGUUGUAAUUUCGUAGUUGUAAUUUCGUUCUGUAAUCCCACAUACUGUAUUGCGCAUAUGUUGUGAUGUGGCUUUCUAGUUCCUAGAAGAGGUGGGACUGGUCAGUCUGCUGUUACACAGCCUUAUUCCCACCAUCCACGCCACGUAUGUAAGUUAAUGUAUUUUCGUGGUGUAAUACUCUACGCCGGUGUAAGGCUACUAGCUAUGUUAUAAUACAAAAUAAAAAAAAAUUUUUUUUUUAGUUGGAACAAAAUGUGGUAGUCAAUCACUAUGAUAGUGGCUAAUGGUAGGCACAUUUUAAACGGAAUCGAACUGGUCUAAAUGUUUCGAAAACAUUAACAUUCCAUUUAUGAAUGUGACAAAUCCUAGAAGCCACUGAAAACGUUGUUGGAAAGGCUGUUCGUAUAUUUCAGCAUGCUGGCUGACCUCUCGGCCUUGCUUCAAAUCCUCUGUUGCCUUAUGUAAGACAAGAUUAGUUAAGUGCCUUUGCAUAUUCAGAAAGACAUGCGAACACUGAUGAUUACGCGGCCAAUGUAAUGUGCAAUAUGGGUGUUAUAAGAGAGAGACAUUAGCCAUUUUGUGGAAUGAGCGUGGGCAUCCUGUGUAAUUCUGAAUAUGGAAAUGGCAACAACCACAUAGUAUAUGAUGUGUUAUAUGAAUAGCUGUCCACGGAGCAAGAAAUAUUUAGGAGUGGAAACUCCGCUGUUUGCGGCGACCAGAAAAGGUCACAAGCCCGCGGAUAUAUUUUCAUGCUGCCGGCACCUGGCGGCAAUGGAAGAAAUUACCGCCGUUUCGGUUGCCAGGGCAACCGGUCGAGCGUGUUGCUCCCGUUCGGCCGCGCGCGCCUGACUUCUACUGAGGGCACUCUCGCGCGCUUCUUUACCGCUUGUAGCCCGAAAAGCAACUGCUGCUACGCUUCAGCCAUUUGAGCACAGUAAAAAAUAAAACGCGUUUUCCAUGACAGCUAUAAGAUGAUACGUAGCUUCUGGUUGUAGCCAGGGCUAUCUUGCUCCGUGGCGGGCGGUUUUCGGCUUUUUGCGCUUUCGAA